CAGCAUCAGUUCUCCACGACCAACUGGCUCAUUUUCACCACCGCCUUAUACACUUCCCCAUGGAAUGGCACCCAAGAAAAAAUAUACGACUUCUGCUCAGACUAAGAGAUUAAACUGGAAUAAGGUAUUUCAUUUAUAUAAGUUAAUUAAUUGUUUUUCUUUGAAAUAGUGAAUAUAAAAAAAUAUUGGUCAUAGAUUUUUUAAAAAGUUUUUGUUAAAAAGAGAGAAUUGCAUUGGUGAUUCCAUUUACAAAUAUGAGCAUAUUGAACCUUACUCAUUUGUAUUAUGUUUCAUAUCUAGUUGAACCCAAAGCAGCUAGAAAAGGACUCUAUCUGGGUGAACCUGCAUGAGGAACAGUUUGAAAGUGCAGAAAUCUUUCGCAAUUUGGAAGAAAUGUUUUCAAUAAAAGCUCCAGGUAUGUUCCAGUUAAAUUAGUUAGCUGUUUUAACCAUAUUAUUCUUUGUUUUUUGCAUGAUUUUUUUAUUAACUCAUUAUGGAAUAAACAUUUCAAUGGUUUCAGCCAAAAAGGAAUUUUCUGAAGUUGCAGUAAAGCCAGCCAAGAAGGGG